UGAAAUGCCCGAUAAUUUGAAUGCCAUUCUCGUCAAAUGUCCCAAAAACGCCUUAAACAAAUCAUGCGAGACGCAGUUAAUUGUUAAUAUUCAUAUGAACCCAAGCUUCGAUUUGGACAACACGGAAAAGUUUUGGGUGGUCGAUCAAGUGUACGAUCCAUCAAAAGGAACGAUUUCAAAAAUAAUAUCGCCCUAUUUAAUAGUGCUUAGCAGGGGCGAGCCCGUUGUAAUGUACCCUCUACAGUUCUUGAAAUCAAUAAAUCAUAAUAUAGUUAGCAAGAGGCCCUUGAAAAAAGGCAGUGAGGUUUCGGAUCUUGGUGGUUCUGGAUCGUGUACGACUAAUGAGGACCACCUUGAAACAAAUAUAAAAGGGCAUGAGAUUGGAAAUGCAUCAAGAUUGAAAAGAAAUAAGUUUACAGACUAUACCAAAGGAAGAUCAAUUUUAUCAAACUUUUUCGGUAAGGAAAAGCAAAGUAAACCUCCACCAUUUUGGCAAAGCGGUAACAAAAUAAAUGAUCAAUAUCAAAAUGACAUUUCGAGCCUCGGGCUUGUUCAAGUAAUGGAUACAACUGUUAAAAAAGACCAUCUAGAAGCUCCGACGGAGCUCUUUCAUAUAAACAAAGAUAUACUAAAUUACAAUUUUAAUGGACAGGGCAACACAUUUAAGUCGCGGCACAACUAUGAUAUCAAACCGAAAUUCGAUGAACGACCGAGAAAUAAUAAAAUUGAAAGCAAGCCAAAAGAGUAUUUAGAAAAUAUCAACACUUUGGACGAUAGUGAUAUACGAUUUUUAAAUGAGGAAUUAAAAAAUAUAGAGCAACAACAUAUUGAAGGCAAGCUUCAUAAAAAGUAUACACAAUUCGAAAAUCCAGAGGAUGAAACAGUUCCAGAUAUUCUUUUAUAUGAUCAAAUAGCGCAUGAAACAAGAAGGAAACUGAAUCAUGAAAAAUUUCAAAACGAUUAUAUAUUACCUAGAAAAAGUUCGACAGACAUGAAUGAUUUUUCAUACAGAGAAGAUUAUAAAAAUAAUAAAUUUAAUUCACCUAGUAAUAGUCUUUCCGAUGGAAAUGAUCUUUCACAUGAAGGUAAUAACAAUAAUAUUUCACCCAAAAAUAAAUAUGAAACAAACAAUUUUAAAACCCCUGUUAAAAGUCAACCAAAUAUAAAUGAUUUUCCGUUAGAGACUGAAAAUGAAAAAUAUUCUUUGAAGUCCGUUAGUUCAGGUCUUUCCAAUGAAAAGAAAUUUUCGGAAAGUAAGAAACAGAAUUUUAAUUUUAAACCCAUUCCGGAUGUAAACGAAUAUCCAAAUGAAAGGGAAUAUAAUAACAAAUAUUUUAAAGGGUCAUCUCAAGAACUAUCUAUUGACCAUGAUAUGCCACAGGACGCUAGAAAGGAACUCUAUAACUUAAGGACACCAGCCGAUGGUGCAUCCAAAGUAACUGAUUUCACACACGAAAUAAAAAAUGAGAACAAUUUUUUUAAGACGUCAGAUUACAGUCUUUACGAUAACAAUUACUUAAAUUUUAAACCAGAUAAGUCAUAUAAUUAUGACAAUAGUCCACCCAUCGCAAAUGAUUUCGGGAGUGACAAAGAAAAUCUAAAUUUUAAUGCACCUAUGAAGAGUCUGUACAGCAAUAAUGAAUUUUCGCAAGAUAAAAAUAACGAAUUUUCAAAUUUACCUGUAAACGAUAUAGAUGACUUUUCGUGGACCCAACAAAACAUUGGAGACGAUAGUUUGGAUUUUAUAAUAAACCACCACAUGAAGCAAAGAUUGCCAAGUGAUCGAAUGGAUUUGAAUUCAGAAUAUUUUAUGCCAGAUAGUCAAAAAUAUUCAAAUUUUGGCCCAAAGCCAUACAAAGCCAUAAACCCAUAUUUAACUUACCCGAAGAACAAUUUUUACAGAUCGUUGCCCAAUUCCCGAUCCAGAAGCUUUAAAAGAAUGAAGCGAAGUAAUCUUCAAGUUGAAGAUAUAGAAAAAAGUGACGGUUCUCAAUUGGAUCAGAAGUACGGUACCGACACAAAAGAUCUGAACUCUAUAAAAAUAUUUAACUUGAAAAACAUCGAUGAUAAUAGUGAAAUUCCAUGCGAUACGUGUGGGGGGAAAAAUAAAAAGAAGGAUGAAAAGCCUCGAUCAAGAUAUUGUAGUGUUUCAGACGAAUCUAAAAGUGCUGGAAGUAAAAUUGAGGAUAUUGACUCUAAACUUAAUGAUGCCGUUCCUUGCGAUACUUGUGGUGGUAAAAAUAAAAAGCCUGAUGGAAAACCUUUGCCUGGUGGUCUGCCACUUGAAAUCAAUUCUAUAAAAGCUGAAAAUGAAGAGCAAAGGCUUCCGGAUUAUAUGAUACCAUGUGAAAGUUGUAAGAAAAGCAAUAAAUGUACUGAAGGAAACCUGGGUUCUGCAUCCUGCGGAUGUAUAACUAAUCCAAGCGUAUGCAGUUGUGAGUCCUCUAAGUUAUCAAGGGCUUUAAACGAAAGUGCAAAGGACUUGACCUAUUCUGUAUUUAAUAUGAAAAAUCCAGUUCCGUUUUUAGCCACUACGAUACGUGUUUUUAGAAGGCGCCAUAACACUUGGUGGAGGGUUGUCCCAAUAGUUACGCUUGAUAGUGUAUCCGGAAUAUUCGCCAACAAAGAUCUUUCAGCAGUUCUUAGUUCACAUGUCGAUUUGAUUGGCUUGGAAAAAUCAAUAGGCUUUUCGAACCGAAAACUUAUAAUUCCAAAAUCGAAUGACAAUGGAUAUGCUAAGAAAAGGCAUGCCAAUACCUUAAAAGAAUUGCGGAGUAACAUUGGUAAUAGUGUUUUAGUUGAUACUUCAAGUAAGGACAUAUCAAUUCGGGAAAUAGAAAACUUUAUAAAUGUAAACAUGGAAAAGGCGGCAAAAAAAGGAGGUUUAUCGACGAGAAGCAUUGAUGGAUUGGGAUACUUUCCAGUUUCUAUGAACGCCCUAGAGAAUUGUCCGCAUAAAGACAAACAUCUUUGCCUAAAUAUUCGGGAAGAAAAAGUUCCAGAAUUUAGCAUAAAAGUCAAGAUUCCUUUUCGAGAAAAUGCUCUUGUUAUGCGAAAUAAGCAUUUAGUUAAAAUUUCAAGAAUUAUUACCGACGCAACGACAAAGGAUGCGCUUCAAGUUUCUAUUGAUGUUAUCAACAAAGGACUUGAAGCGCAGGAAUUUUCCGUAUAUGUCUGCAAUUGUGAAGUAUCAAGUAGUGCCUCAUUAGCAACUAGUGCCAGGAGAUUGUUACAACCGGACAUCGGUCAAACUGUCACCUUUUUAAUGCCCCUAAUAGUUAACCCGAGAAAAAAUAAGAAAUUUAGUUGUGAUGUGGUGGUCAAGGCCAACGUAUUUAAAGAUAACGAGGAAUCGGAUGAUGAGAUACAAAAACUAGAUGACCCAAAAGUUGGAGUUGUUGCAAAAAGAUCCAUGGACGUUAAAUGCCACGCAAGGUGCUUUUGUGUCUGGCGGUGUCGGUGCCAUUGCAUCGGAAAGUUGGAAACUUUCAUUAACUAUAAUGCUUGUGAAAGACUGGAUCCCAAAUCGGAAAAAGAGGCUGGCCUCAUUUACAAUUGUCCACCUGGUAGCGAAAAAAAUGAUGUGUGCAUCAAAGAUAUAACAAGUGAACGGAAUGAGGAGAUAACUUGUGAUCUUACUUGUAAAAUUAUAGCCAUUACAUUGCUUGUUUUGACAUUGCUAUUUUUAUUGGGAGUUUUAAAGGCGAUCUUAGGAAUCUUUAUUCAGAGCAUUGGUCGGUGUGGAUUUGACACAGUUCAACCGGGCAGGAAUUAUGAUUGCACCUCCUCGAUAAGAAUAUUUUUAGUCAACUGUUUCUUUUUCAUAAUAUUUCCCUUUGCAUGCUGGUGUAAGUUCUUCCGACCCAAGGAAAAAGACCUAAGAGACGCUAGCUACGAUUGGGAUUGUACCUCUGAAUCUGGAGAUAGCCCUGAUUGUUCUUGUGAUAAAAAGGAGUCGAGUUCAAGUUGUCGUCUCCAUGGUGGCCAAGAUAAAACACUACACAAUAAUUUAGUUCUCGCCUUUGCUCCACUCCAUGAAAACGGAUUAUUUAAAGAUGAAAAAUCAGAUGACGAGCAGAGUCAUCUGUUCAUUUUAGAAGUUUUGGAGGAAAGCAAGCAUUCACUGACUAAAAUGAUGAGUCAAGCUCCAGAAUCCGCCCACAAUAUUAGGCAAAGUAUGGAAAGUGACGCCGAUGCUAUAGCAGCCGAUGAGUUAGUGGAAAGUCUUAAAAACUCACAGGUUGCUUAUAGGACAAUGAAUUCGCCAGUUGGCGGAGUAAUCGACAUCCCGGAAAACCACCAAUAUUGUAUUAAGGGUUUCUUUUUACCAAUUGCAAACUCGACCUAUGAAUUUAUGAGCUAUAUUCCAUUAUCUCAGUUCGUAGGAAUCUCAGAAGAGAACGAGGUUAGGAGACUACCAAAACCUCAAUAUAUCCACUCAAAUGAAUUCUCUAAGAUAUAUGCUGAUAAAAUGGAGGUCCAUAAAUCAGCUGACCUCUCAGUGGUUCCUCCAUUAAAUGUUCCUUGCAUUAACAUCGACCAUUGCACCCAAUUGGAGAACUCGUUUGUAAAACUCGCAACGCAACAGGAACAAAUAAAAGCUAAUCAGUCUUAA